AUGGCGGAUGGGAGCGCAUCGAAAUGUGGUCGUAGAGCUGCACUAUCCACAUUCUUUUUCGUCACAUUCGCAACAUUUACCCUUUCAUUGAUCUCCGUCAUUAGUCCGUCAUGGCAGUACGUAUAUUUGGAGAACGGAAGAACAGAACAUCAUCAUGGUUUGUGGCUAGACUGCAAAAGGGACUACUCAUUUGAUUAUGGUCGAACGAAAGAGUACUAUGAAACACUUUACAGACGGGACUUGCAAGGAUCUCCAUUCGACAUUUUCUUCUUACCACCACUGCAGUGUGUAUAUAAAUUCGACUAUUAUAUUGAUCCUGAAGAUCUCUACGACCACAAUCACGACGAAAAUCGCAUACAGAAUGACGCUUACCAGCAUCUUUUUCUAGGGUGGAAAAUAGCAGCACUCUCCGGAUGCGGCUCCGCUUUGGCGUUUUCAGCGUCGGCUCUCCUUUUUGCAGUGUGCGCAUUCUGCCAUAGGACAUUCAUUUGUGCUUCAACUGUUCUUGUUACGCUAGCAGCAAUAUUAUCUACAACUGGAAUAGCUAUUUUCUAUGCAUGGGCAAAUUAUCAAGAUAAUAAGGUUAUCAAGGAAGAGGAUGAAUAUGUUGUUUAUGAGCAAAUGCUUGGGUGGGCUUUUUACUGCCAAGUUGUCACUACUAUUAUGCAUUGGUUAUCUUCAAUCCUUGGAUGUUGCGUCACAUCAGUAUCUUUCACUAAUACCAGAGCGAAGGUGGUAAAAAUUGAGGUAGUUACGGGUGGUGAUGACUCCCAACUGCUGUCAAGAGGAAGUUCUUUAGAGCCAUUCAGACGAUCUUUUUCGGCGGUUUAUUGUGUUGACCCAAGAUCUCUUCGCCACUGGGAGCGACAGCGUACAAUAAAUGAAAAAGAGCAGCAGCAACGAAAAGAAAACGAUACCUUCAAAAGAACAGCGUCUGUGCCCUACUACUCUAAGAAACAGAAGGCUGCGGUUCAGAAGAAAUUAGUUGGUCGUUCUAUCCAUGAUCUCUUCUCCUCGAAUAGCAACAUCACUGAAACAACACGCACAGGUUCCCUGAGCACGUUAGAACCAAAUCAAUCGCAAAGCACUGGAAAUCCGGCCAGUGCUCCCUCUUAUCGUGCGGGUGCUAAGUUGAAACCUGCUUUAAAAAUGCAACAGCAAUCAAGGAAAUGUUUGGACAUCGAUGACAAUGAUAUUACCUAUGAAUAUCUACCCUGCGACAAUACCUCUGAGAACGUUUCCUGUUUCACAGGCGGAAGAUAUCUGCCCUCACAACGAAUGUACGAUCCAGUUUAUGAGCAGAUUAAUCAAGAAGCUUACUUGGAGCCUGAUAGUGUGCGUCUACAACCCAAUAAUGCGUCGAUUGCCGAAGUGAAGAGAAAAGCAUUGCCAGCCACUCAGCCGCAUAGUUCGCCAGAAACUAUGAACGUCUCGGAAAGACUCACGAGAACGACUACAAUUGGUGACGUAGCAAAAGCCUCAUCAUCAUUUGAUGAGCACAAACAUCGAAAGAUGCCGACAGCUCCAUAUAUGGAAGAGAUAUAUCAAGCAGAAAAUCACCUGCAACCUCAGGAAAACAUAACAAAAAAAGAGAGGAUAUCAAAUGACUUCACUAAUCAAAUGGAAUGCGCUGCUCUGGAAGAACCAGGAAGUGACCGUGUUCUCGGUGCACCAUUACCAUUGAAGCAAAUCUCAGUGGAAAAACUUAGUUCCAGUCGUUUUCAAGACGUAGUUGAUCACUAUCGGACUAAUCGAGGAGACGUUUCUCAUCUAUGGGUCCCUUCAAAGCAAUGUUCAGAAAAGUGCAGAAGCAAUUACCCGCUCGACAAUGCAUCCUAUACGGGCAUCGGGAUUGCUAUCAAUACAUUUACAGACCAUGAAAAAGAGAAAUCGAUAUCAAACUUCACUUUUCACCCACAAUCUACCAGUGCUUCUGAGGUCUUUGGAAGGUCGGACACGAUGGACCUGAAAUCACUGUCUGUAUUCCAGUCAGCAUCUCAAAAACAGCCGUUGGAAAGGCUUGUUCCCAAAAGCUUUGUGACAGUACUGCCGGACGAGGUGGAUCGUUCAACCGGGUCUUCUACACUACUGGAACACGAGACUAUGUUGGAUAACGCGGAUUCAUAUGUCAAAGACGCAGAAAUACGUCUCAAUCUGUUUAUGAACAGCAGCACAAAAGAUGAGACAACUGUAUGA